GCCAACGGCUGCAUUGAAAUAGAUUUAUGGAUAUGCCAACAUGGAUAAGGAUAAUCUACAAAAUCAAAUCACAGCCCUUGGAUGCCAAAAUCUCCCAUAUCAACAGUCACAAUUCAACCUCCAAUCAGCUCCACAAACUCACCAUUGAAAGGAAAUACAAAUGCACACACAAUUACUCAAAAGAUUCAUUUCAAUAGCCUCACCAAAAACCUCCCCUUCACAAAUUUCCAGUCCAAGAAAAAUUAAAAAAAAAUUGAAGAAUGGCAACUGUCACUACACAAGCCUCGGUCGCCGGAUUCCGGCCGUGCGUGUCGAGAACCCGAUUCUUGACCGGUUCACUCGGAAAACUGAACCGAAAAGUCUCGAUCAGGCAAUCGUCUUCUUCUUACGCCUCGUUUAAGGUUGAAGCCAAGAAAGGCGAAUGGCUACCGGGACUUACUUCUCCCGCCUACCUCAAUGGAAGUCUGCCUGGAGACAAUGGGUUCGACCCGUUGGGGCUUGCCGAGGACCCGGAAAACUUGAAAUGGUUCGUCCAAGCCGAGCUAGUCAACGGGAGGUGGGCCAUGCUUGGGGUAGCCGGCAUGCUCUUACCGGAGGUCCUAACCUCGGCCGGAAUCCUUAACGUCCCCAAAUGGUACGAUGCCGGAAAAUCCGACUACUUCGCCUCGUCAUCAACCUUAUUCGUAAUCGAGUUCAUCCUCUUCCACUACGUGGAAAUUAGGCGGUGGCAAGAUAUAAAAAACCCGGGUAGCGUAAACCAAGACCCGAUUUUCAAGAGCUACAGCCUGCCCCCAAACGAGGUAGGCUAUCCGGGCGGAAUAUUCAAUCCACUCAACUUCGCACCAACGUUGGAAGCCAAGGAGAAAGAGAUUGCCAAUGGGAGGCUAGCAAUGUUGGCAUUCUUGGGAUUUAUUGUGCAGCACAAUGUGACCGGAAAAGGGCCGUUCGACAACCUUGUGCAGCACAUUUCUGACCCGUGGCACAACACGAUUAUUCAGACAUUCAAAAGAAAAAACCAGAGGAACAAGAAAGGCUUCACCUCCUCAAACCCGACCCGACCCGUCACCCGAACCAGGUCAUUCUCCCCGCCAUCUUCCGCUGCCUCACUUGCCGACCGCGAGCUCUCAAUAGACGAGCUCUCGCUGUUCGAAGACCUCCGAAUCUCGCCGGAAAACCCGAAUCCGAGGAGCUUCCCCCACAGCGUGAAGCAGCAGUGCUGGGAGAAGGCGGAGAAAAUCAAGGGGCGAGACCCGGAGAGGUGGCGCCGUGACCCGCUGGGGAACAUUCUAUUCAGGAAGCUCGUCGGUUGCCCCGGUUGCCUCUGCCAUGAUUACGAUCACAUUGUUCCUUACUCGAAGGGUGGGAAGAGCACAUUAGAGAAUUGUCAAGUAUUGCAGGCAACUGUUAAUCGAUCCAAAGGAAACCGAACUGAGAUGUCCAAAAGUGAUCUUAUUCAGAAAAGUGCUUACUGCCGGGUGUCAGGUCGUGAUAUGGACCUUCUCGAGUUGUCAGCAUAUGGCAAUGUUCGCCAUGGCCAGGAUUCUGGUGGAUGUAAAAUUCAGUAAUUGGCUUAUUCGGCUGCUAGCCAGCUGUCAUUGUGAGUGGAAAUUGGUAAGAGGAGUGAAAUAAAUUAUAAGAUAUGUAUUCCUGGAAAUUGUUGGGAAAGGAUGCAGAAAAUUUCCUCUCUUUACAAGUGAAUAUAAGAAAAUGAAAAAUUUGAUAAUAUUUUUUGCUUACAAGUGCAUGAAAUUGAAUAUCAUCAACCAACCCAGAUUAUAUUCUCUAAUCUACUAUUUUCCCCAUCAUUUACCCAUAAUAGUCCCUUUGUAUUCUCUAUGGUAUCCCUCUUUCUGGAUCCACUGGUCUUAAUCAUGUUAUGUUACAUGUUAUUUGAAAAAUUGAAGCAAAUGUUGCCAACCUGUCCCAUAUCUAGUUGUUGGGUAUGGAGAAUUUCAUUGUGAAUUAUAAAGGUCUUGGUACUAAAUUGGUUGCAUAGUAAUUUUGUUUUUGGUAAAAAAAAAUUCUUGUGUGAGGCGGUCUAAC